AGCCACUUUGGCUCAAGCGCAUCGGAUCCAGCAGAGGCGCGCCAAGCAGACCCACGAUGCCCGCCUCCCCGCCCGCCCGCACGGCACCGCUGCCCAGCGACGAGCCUGCCGCAGAGGCCGAGGGGCGCAGCGAGUCGCAGGCAGUGGGCUGCUGCGCGUCGUGCUACUUGGCCUGCUGCUGCUGCUGCGCUGGGGGGGAGCAGGAUCGGGACCUGAAGGCCCUGAGGCAGGAGAAGGCCACAAAGGCGUUCACAAAGGACGGAGACAAUGACAUCUCCAAGGGCCCCGCCGGCAACCGUGCCUGCACCGACCUCCCCUGCUGCAUCAUCUUCAUCGUGGCGAUUGUCGGCUACGUGAUUGUGACCCUCAUGGGCCUUUCGGAUGGCAACAUAGACAAGCUGUACAAGCCACGAGACUUUGCGGGAAAUUAUUGUGGCGUCGACACGCAGUGGAGCGGCAUGAUGGGAAACGCGAAGUCGCUGGAGAGCUACGAGUGGCGGACCAUGACGAUGAACGUGUCUGCAACCACGGAUGCAAUGUUUAAGCAGUUCAUCUGUUCCAAGGCAGCCCAGGAUCUACUCUACACCAAAAUCGGCAGCGGCAUUUCCUCUGACCAGUACGACAUGUACAUGUGUUCUUGCUGCGCCACCGCCUGCGAGUCCUGCGACGGCGCCAUUGAGCAGGCAGACCCCUCAGCAGUGUCGGGUGGCACCGCCGCCGACCUCGCUGAUCUGACCGCUGCCAGGAUGAUAGAGGUCACCGGCCUCGGGUCCCUUGACGUCACCGACCUGUUCAGCGCUUCUGGGGCAAACGGGGACUUGUUCUCUACGGACAUCAUGAGUUCGGCGACAAAGUACCUCCAUCACGUCUGCAUGCAGACCUGCGACUCCAGCUACGAAAACAUCGCGGCAGCCAACGGCAGCACCGCCGCGUAUGCGUACCGGGAGUACACAUUUGAACCUGUUCCAGACGAUGAGCUCUAUCUUGCGUGGCAACUCGUGAAGUCAGACACUGGCGUCCUGGGAACAGUUGCCAAUUCUUCGUUCACCUUCAAGGCCUUCUCGGAAGAUGACUGCCCAUACGACGCGGUAUAUUGCGUGCCCAUGCCUGGCCUCAUCUUCUCGGAGGCGGCGCUGAACUACUGCACGCUCGAGAUGGCUGCUGCGGUGGUUGACCAGCUUGGAACCGCCCUGACCGACAUCAUGGUGAGCUCGGCGCUCACCGACUUCUCCAAUGGCGCAACUGCGUCCUUGGGGGAGCAGUGGGGCGCCAUUCAGGCGUCGUGGGGUGCAUUUGCGCUCACUGGUGUCUGCUCCUUUGUCAUCGGCAUUGUGUUCCUCGUCCUCGUCCGCUUCUUUGUCGGCGUCUGCGUCUGGCUCUCAAUCUUUUUGAUACUCGUCCUGAUCCUUGCCUUUUCCGGCCUUUGCUACGUGAAGAGCAUCCAGUGCGCCGGCGCUACGCUGUUCGAGACGGGCCAACAGACGGGCACCCAGGUGGUCACAUUCGCAACGACUACAGUCAACCAAGCCAUAUCGGGCGACACUGUCAGCGAGGAUCUCGGUGUUGAUGGCAACACAUACAGAGGGGUACAGUACAUGACAAUGUACGGCACCCUGUGCCAGAACUGGAUGUCCGUCUCCCCGCACAACCAAAGCUACGGGACCUCAGGGGACUACUCCGACCAGGGCAUCGGCGACCACAAUUAUUGCCGCAAUCCGUACAUGCCUACAGAUUACAACAAGGGCUCCACGAUCUGGUGCUUCACCACGAACACGGACCUACGCUGGCAGGAGUGCCUUCCCAUUGGCCUGGACGCGCCCGUGUGUUCGGAGGGGUACGCCGUGAGCGGCCAGACUGGGAGGGACGUACUGCUGUACGCCUGCUAUGUCCUCCUCGGUCUAGCGGGUCUCUGGGUCAUCAUUGUGCUGGUCUUCUUCCGGAAGAUACUCCUGGCGAUUCGCUGCACGAAGGUGGCCGCUCGCUUCCUCGCCUCGACGCCGAGCGUCCUGGUCGUCCCGAUGGUGCAGUCCGUUUUCACGAUCCUGUGGUGCAUCGGCUGGGCCUGCGGCGCGGCGUUCAUCAUCUCUCAGGUGCCCGACGGCUAUACUCCGACGGACUGGUACGCGGAUUACAACACGGCGUGGGAGGCUUGCACCUACGACGGCUCCGGCGACCUCGGGUACCCAGUCAGCGAGACUUGGAGGGACGAGACUUGCGGAGGCCCGAACGGCGAGUGCUGGCGCUGCCAGCCGCCCCGGUACAUGAUCGACUACUAUGUUGCCUACGUGUUCUUCAUCUACCUAUGGAUCAACGCCUUCGUCAUCGCUGCCGGCCAGACCAUCAUUGCGGGCGCCGUCGGCGUCUGGUUUUUCAACCAGCAGGACGGAGGCAGGGUCCGGGGCGCGCUCAGACAGUCCGUGUGGAACACCACCCGGUACCACAUGGGCAGCCUCGCCUUCGGCUCCUUCAUCAUCGCCGUGGUGCAGUUCCUUCGGUACUGCAUGAAGUUCCUGGAGAAGCAGGCUGAGGCGAGGAAGAACCGCGUCAUGGUGUACGUCGCUAGGGCAAUCCAGUGCUGCAUCUACUGUUUCGAAAAGAGCCUGGAGUACCUCAACAAGCUAGCCUACAUCCAGAUUGCGUUGCUCGGCAAGAAUUUCUGCACGUCUGCGAAGAAGGCGUUCUACCUGGUCCUCCGCCACAUGGCGCGCUUCGCCUCCGUCCUGAUCCUGGGCGCCGCGCUCGAUCGCAUCGGGCUGCUCGUCAUCUGCUCCGCGACGACCUUUGUUGGGUACUGCAUCCAAACUACGAUGUACCCCGACGUCUCCCCGCUGUGUCCCACGCUGCUCUUCCUCCUGAACGGCUACGUGGUCGGGAAGCUCUACAUGAAUGUCUUUCACCUGGCCAUCGACACGAGCCUCCAAUGCUUCAUCGCGUGCGAGGAGCUGGGAGUGGACGCGGAGACCGUGCCCAAGGAGCUCAGGAACUUGGUGCCCGGCACAGGCAAGAAGGAUGAAGAGCCGCCCAAGGCGGAUAGUUGAGGAUGCACGGCAGCCCUGCUCGGGGCUCACGUGAGGUGCAAAGCCCAAGCCAGACCACGCCUGGGGCCCCUGCUUGCGUUCUCAUUCCGCAUCUGUCCUGCAUGCUCUUCGCCCCCUGUUCCUGGCCCCCAGGGCCAGGAACUACUCUCUGCUGUAGCGGCUGCUUCUCUGCUGGUCGGUAGAGCUGAACGCGGCGACCCCGAGGGGCCCGGGGGCACAUAAGUUGUCGCCGGCCACCCCGUCAUAUUCUCCCUACUCGUCCUCCUCCACCUUGGUCGGGACGCCACUGCCGGAUGGUGCCACGACCCUUCUGAGCAGUGACCACAGGAUGGGAGUGCUAAUAACAGCAUCUCCCCCAGGCGCUGUAAGCUUGAACUUCUGUUGCCGUGCCAGAUGCGCACUCCCGGUUGCAGUUUUCAGAAACUACCCCGUGCAGCCCCAUCAUGCAAAAGUCUGGUGGCGCUUGAUUGCCAUACGAUAUCCGCAGGCGGAACACGAGAAACAACGAGGGUGAACUCGGGG